CGUAAAAUACAGAUAAAAAGUUCUUGUUUUUGUUUUCGGGGCUCGUAUUAAUUCCGAAAAUAUCCAGCCCAUCUCCUUAUAUUUUGUUAAAAUAUAGUUUAAAAGUAAUCUAAACAUUUCCAUUCAAUGGCGGAAGCGGACAAAUUGAACAUUGACUCGAUCAUAGCGCGAUUAUUGGAAGUUCGAGGUGCUAGGCCAGGAAAAAACGUACAGCUAACUGAAAAUGAGAUCAGGGGGUUGUGUUUGAAGUCCAGAGAAAUUUUCUUGAGUCAACCCAUUUUGUUAGAGCUGGAAGCUCCUUUAAAAAUUUGUGGUGACAUUCACGGGCAGUAUUAUGAUCUUCUACGUCUGUUUGAGUAUGGAGGUUUCCCCCCUGAGUCAAACUACUUGUUUUUAGGUGAUUAUGUUGAUCGUGGCAAACAGUCUCUUGAGACGAUAUGUCUCCUUCUGGCCUACAAAAUCAAAUACCCAGAGAACUUCUUCCUGCUCAGAGGGAAUCAUGAAUGCGCUUCCAUUAAUAGAAUAUAUGGAUUUUAUGAUGAAUGUAAAAGAAGGUAUAACAUAAAGUUAUGGAAGACCUUUACAGACUGUUUCAACUGUCUUCCUGUAGCUGCCAUAGUAGAUGAGAAGAUUUUUUGUUGUCAUGGAGGAUUAAGUCCCGAUCUCCAAUCAAUGGAACAGAUCAGAAGAAUAAUGAGACCUACCGAUGUACCCGAUCAAGGGUUGUUGUGUGAUUUGCUUUGGUCUGAUCCGGACAAGGAUCAGAUGGGAUGGGGUGAGAACGAUAGGGGAGUUAGUUUUACUUUUGGAGCUGAAGUUGUCGGUAAAUUUUUGCAUAAACACGACUUUGAUUUGAUAUGUCGAGCCCAUCAAGUUGUCGAGGAUGGUUAUGAAUUCUUUGCAAAGAGGCAGCUUGUCACUUUGUUCAGUGCACCUAAUUAUUGUGGUGAGUUUGACAAUGCCGGAGCUAUGAUGUCGGUGGACGAAACCCUGAUGUGCUCCUUCCAGAUCCUGAAGCCAGCCGACAAGCGGAAAUUCCAGUACAACAUGAACUCGGGCAGACCCGUGACGCCCCCUCGCGGCGCCACCAACAAAAACAAAAAGAAGUGAACUAAGCGCGUGAUCAAGAGUAAUUUAUUUGCGAGAUAUGUGUCCUAGGGUUAGUUAAUACGAUCUUCAUUCAACUGACAUUCAUAUUAUUAUUAUUAUUAUCAUUUUCCGUUGGUUUUUAGUACCUUGUUGGUCUUUGCGUUGUUCUCAAUAAUUGAGGUUGUAGUCUAUACAGGGCGUUAAAAAUCAAGCGUUAUUUUAUGUACCGGGUAAUGCAUCGGGUCAGGACGUACAGGGUGGCGCAUCUCAUUCGUAAACGGAAAGAUGUAGGAACAAAAUAUUUUAUCGGUAUAUGUGGGAAGGUAAUGUGCAUAAUUUUACAUUAUUUUGAAAUGUACAGGGUAUGUUAGAACUAAGAUCCACACCAAACUUAUAUUUUUUCUUAUGAAACACCCGGUAUUUUAUUUCAUUUUUGGAUCCUUGACACAAAAUAACGCAUUUAUAUAUAGGUUUAAAUAUGUUUACAAGCUUUUACUUUUGAGAUAUUUAAAUAUGCAUGCUAAAUAAAAAAGAUUGUCUACACCCAGUACAUUACUUUUCAGAAUUAAUUCCAAUUUG